AUGGGGCGAGCCGGCGGCGGCGGGGUCGGCGGCGGGGAGCCAGCGGCGCUGGAGGCGGUGCGCAGCUUCGAGCGCUGGAAGAAGAAGUACAGCCGGCGCACCAGGCGGCUGCGGCUGCAGCGCAAGGAGCGGGAGCGGCCCGAAUGGCAGGUGGAGCGCGACGGCAUCGAGCGCCUGGUGCAGCGAUACCCGCAGAUAAAUGCAAAUGAAAUACAGAGAUUUUCAGAUUUUCCACUGUCAAAGAAAACCCUGAAAGGACUGCAGGAAGCUCAGUAUCGCAUGGUGACUGAGAUACAGAGGCAAACCAUAGGUUUGGCUUUACAAGGUAAAGAUGUACUUGGAGCUGCCAAGACUGGAUCGGGGAAAACCUUGGCUUUUAUUGUACCGGCUUUGGAACUCCUCUACCGCCUUCAGUGGACUUCAGCAGAUGGACUGGGAGUUCUGAUCAUAUCGCCCACCCGGGAGCUGGCCUUUCAGACUUUUAAGGUGCUGCGUAAAGUGGGGAAGAAUCACGACUUCUCAGCUGGCCUUAUCAUUGGAGGAAAGGAUCUGAAAGAAGAGUCUGAGAGAAUCCACCACAUAAAUAUGCUCAUUUGCACUCCAGGACGGCUUCUGCAGCACAUGGAUGAGACCUCGUAUUUCUAUGCAUCUGAUCUGCAAAUGCUGAUUCUUGAUGAAGCUGAUAGAAUUCUCGACAUGGGUUUUGCUGAUACAAUGAAUGCAAUCAUAGAAAAUUUGCCUAAGAAACGCCAGACUUUGCUUUUUUCUGCAACGCAAACAAAAUCAGUGAAGGAUCUCGCACGGUUGAGUUUAAAAGAUCCGGAGUAUGUUUGGGUUCAUGAGAAAGCCAAAUUCAGUACCCCAGCAACUUUGGAUCAGAACUACAUUGUUUGUGAGCUUCAACACAAAAUAAAUGUGUUGUACUCUUUCCUGAGAAGUCACUUGAAAAAGAAGAGCAUUGUGUUUUUUGCAAGCUGUAAAGAGGUCCAGUAUCUAUUCAGAGUGUUUUGUAAGCUCCAACCUGGUCUUCCUGUACUGGCACUGCAUGGCAAGCAGCAACAGAUGAAGAGGAUGGAAGUCUACACAUGUUUUGUUCGGAAGAAGGCGGCAGUACUUUUUGCUACAGAUAUUGCAGCACGUGGCCUGGAUUUUCCAGCAGUGAACUGGGUCAUUCAGUUUGAUUGUCCAGAAGAUGCAAACACAUACAUCCAUCGAGUGGGAAGAACAGCCAGGUACAAAGAAGGUGGUGAAGCUUUGUUAGUACUGCUGCCCUCAGAAGAAAAAGGCAUGGUAGAACAGCUGGCACAGAGGAAAGUACCUGUCAAUGAAAUAAAAAUUAAUCCUGAGAAGAUUACAGACAUCCAAAAGAGAAUGCAAGCUUUCUUAGCUCAAGAUCAGGAAUUAAAAGAGAAAGCUCAAAGGUGUUUUGUAUCCUACUUGCGUUCUGUUUACUUAAUGAAGAACAAGGAAGUAUUUGAUGUUUUCAAAUUGCCUCUAGCAGAAUAUGCCCUAUCACUUGGGCUUGCAAUGGCACCUCGUGUGAGGUUUCUUCAGAAAGUUCAGAAACAGUUAUCAGCGAAAGAGACAUCUGAAAAGAGAAAUCCCUUGAAAGAAACGGAGCAAAACAAAAAUACCGUCUCCUCACUGAAGAAGGAAGGAAUGGAAGAAUGCAGAAUUAAUUCAGGUGGAAAGUUGUCUGAUAACAGACCAGAGGAAAAGGAGAGAAGGAAAGAAACUCAACAAUAUCCUUCUUCCAGUGAAGGCACUGAAGAGAGUGAGUCUGAAUGUGAAUCAAAAGAGGCAUUUGAGGAGGAGGAAAAAGAAGGUGCUUUGUCAAGCCACAUUCCAAACACAAACUCCAUGCAGUUCUUUGAAGAUGACGACGACGACGACGACGAUACCAAAGAUCUUGAUUUGCUGACAGUGAAACGGCGGGAUGUUUUUGACUUGGAAUCUAAAGACAGUCCAGCGCUGAAUGCAUCAAACUCAAAGAUGAAGAAAAAAACAACUAAGACUCAAGAAGCCAAAAAGAUAUUGAAGAAGAAAUUUAAAGUGAACACAAGAAUAGUUUUUACUGAAGAUGGAGAGUUAGUGCAGCAAUGGCCACCUGUGCAAAAAUCCAGUUUGGCAAAAACAGAUGAAGAAGAUGAUGCUACUGGUAUCAACUUAGAUAAAGUGAGAGAGAUACUGCGGGAAGAAGACAAAUUUGACAAAGAAGAAUACAGAAAGAAAAUUAAGGAAAAACACAGGGAGAAAAGGCUGAAAGAGAAAGCAGCGAGGAGAGAAGCCAGGAACAAGAAUGCACGGGCUGAAGGUGAAACAGUGGCUGUUCUUGCACACAGUGGAAGUGAAGAUGAGUUUGAUCCAAGUAGUCUCCCAGAUCCUGAUAAAUACAAAGAUUCUGAUGAAGAACAAGAUACAGAAAGUGAAGACAGCUAUAGAGAACUUGAGGAGAAGAGUGGAAGAAAGAGAAGAAGCCGCAGUGACAGCGUAGCAGCAGGAGAAAUGCCACAGAAAAGAAAGAAGGCAAAAUUCAGCCAAGAGGAGGAUCACCUUUUGCCAUUGGAUACGGGGCUCUCCCUGGCAGAGGAUGAAGAGCUUGUCCUGCAUCUGCUCAAGAGUCAGAGCUAAUUAUUUUCCUGCACUUUUUUUUUGGGGGGUGGAGGAGGGGGAGGGCAGACAUAUUCACAGUUUUGUUGGUAGUCCACACAAAGUAAAUAUGGCAUCUGGGCAAAUGGAUAGCUGAAGAUAGCUGUGGUCCAUGUGCAAUGGGCUUGCCUCACAGUACCUUGUAGAUUAUAGACAAGGACUAGUUUGAUUUAUAAGACUUUCUGAACCAACUUUCCGACUUAAAUCCUCAGAUGUCAUCUUCCCAUAAUAUGUUUAUAAUUUUAAAUCUCCAGAUUUUGAAGCAAUUCUCUUUUUUAAAUUAAUCCUGCUUUAAAUAAAAACAGGAGGCUCCUUUCUUGGCUGUGUCAGGUUUGCUAUUUUGGAAGAUACAUGUGUACUAAAAUUUCUAAAGAAAUACAGUUGGCAGCUCAAAUCAUACUACUUAAAAAUAAUUUUUUUGUCUUACGUGUAUCAUGUACAUGUAUUUAAAAUACUUUAUUAAAAUUCCUGAAGCGUUGGUAUGGACUUACAGUGUGUCUUCUGGUCUUGUUAUGAAAACACUCAUUUAUCCGUCUGUUAUCAUUUCUCCUAUGAUUCUGUCACUUGCAUUAGGCAAUUCAGAAAACCACUUUUAGAAGCUAAAUUCUUGGGUUUGAGUCCCAUCUGAGGGAGGACAGUGUGACACCUGUCCUGGUUUUAUGCUUUUUGGUUUUCAGUAUUCCGCAUCAUAACAUCAUGCAGUGCACUUGAAGUGUUAAUGCUCCAAUUCCAGGCACCUGUUCUCCCAUACAUUUACAGAAGCCAUGGGAUCUGGCCCUUCCUGGUGGGGCGCUCUCUUACAGCCUUGCAGUGGGUGCUGGAGGUGCUCUCCUAGCCGUUCCAAGCUUUUCCGGUUUGAUUCGGUCUCAGGAACUCUUCCUCUCCUAUCUUAUUUAAUUUAUGAGUCUCAAUUUCAAUUAGAUUGUAUUAUAUU